GCGGGGCGGGCUCACCUCCGGUGGGGCGCGGCGCGGCGGCGGUGGUGCCUGAAACGUGGCGGAGGCGGGCCUGGCUGCGGUUGGCUGGAGCGGGGCCCGACACCCGCCUCCUCCCGCGCCUCAGGCAUUCAUUCCCGGAGCAUAUCUGCCGGCUUGGGGUUCUAUUGGAUGCCUGUGCCGGUGGGCAGGCGCCGUCCGCCAGAGAAAAGGGAGUCUCUAUUGGAGCCGAAAAGUUUGAUAUUCGCGGUUUUAUAAAGCGCCCUGAAAGCGAGAAGAGGGGCUGGGAGAUGUGCUCACUUGUACACACUCCUUAUGACUCAGAAGGACUGCGCUAUUAUUCACCAUUACGGCUCACGGCCAGGCCGUCCAGGCACUAAGGAGACGAACCUGCAAAGGGAGAAAGAGAUGAGGAGGCGCUUACUAGAGAAGCCAAGGGAGGACCGCGUCUCUAGAAGGGAGUGGUCAACUGCGUUGAGUGCUACGAAAAGGUCAAGUAAAAGGACAGAAAAAUGUCAGAUGGAAGCCGUUGGGGACCUUAGCAAGAGCUGUUUAGGUGGACAGAUGGAAGCCAGACUAAAGAGAGAUGUUGUCGGCCAAAAGCAGUAUACCCAGAUCUUCCAGGAAAGCCAUUUACCUUUUGUCAUUCACUUCUCACUGUCAUCCAAGAUCUGUUUAGAAAAUGGUUGGAUCUUUCACUAUCCUCACACAAAAUUGGAAAUUCUGAAAUGGAAGACAGUCCUCAAUAUUGCUGUGAAGAAGCUACAAGAAGCCAUAAUUCAAAUCAAAACAGAAGCAGCCAAGCUGAAGAAAGAGGGAUUCAACAAACGACUUAUUCUGCGCCACUAUAAUGAUCCUAAACCGGAGGCAGAGGUGGACAACAGUCCCCUCGGUUCUCAAUAUUUCUGGCUGGAGCUGCUGAAGGGGAAGCCUCAGAUGCCAGCAGUCCAACAGGAUGACCCCGCGAUGAAAAAGUUCCAUUACGCCUUGAUAGACGGUUCCUCCAUGAUUUAA